UUUUAAAACAUAAAGGUAAAGUUCUUUCUUCCGGAUUAGCGGCUUUCAUGCAAUUGCAGUAAACCGCAACACAAACGCUUUAGUGCUUUCACAAGAAACCCUUGAGAACAACUGCCUUGCAUGUGACUAGGCUUGGUAUUGGCAAGUUGAUCCUGCAGCAUUGUACAGUUAGUGAGCUGUCAUUGUCACCAUGUCAUCUGGAAACGCUAAGAUAGGCCAGCCGGCCCCACAGUUCAAAGCCACUGCUGUGGUGGACGGACAGUUCAAAGAGAUUCAGCUGUCUGACUACAUGGGGAAGUACGUGGUGUUCUUUUUCUACCCACUGGACUUCACUUUUGUGUGCCCCACUGAGAUUGUGGCCUUCAGCGACCAGGCCGAGGAGUUCCGCAAGAUCGGCUGUGAGGUCAUCGGCGCCUCCACAGACUCUCACUUUAGCCACCUGGCCUGGAUCAACACCCCCAGGAAGCAGGGUGGUUUGGGACCAAUGAACAUCCCCCUUGUGGCUGACCUCACCCAGUCUAUCUCCAGAGACUACGGAGUGCUGAAGGAGGACCAGGGCAUCGCUUACAGGGGUCUGUUUGUGAUUGACGACAAGGGCAUCCUGAGGCAGAUCACCAUCAACGACCUGCCAGUGGGCCGCUCUGUGGACGAGACCCUGCGUCUAGUGCAGGCCUUCCAGCACACAGACAAAUACGGAGAGGUGUGUCCCGCUGGCUGGAAGCCAGGCAGUGACACCAUCGUCCCCGACAUCCAGAAGAGCAAGGAGUUCUUCUCCAAACAGUGACAACACAACAGAGCCUCAGGCUGUGUCAAUAAUGGCACCCUAUAUAGUGCAUAUGGACCCCGGUCAAAAGUAGUGCACUUUAUAGUGAAUAGGGUGCCAUUUCUGACCCACGCUCAGAUGUCCUAGCACUUACCUUCAGAUGGGAAGUCCUCCCUUCAGCAACAGUCUCUUGGUGUCCAACCCACACUUAUACAUAGGUUUUAAAGAACUUGUUAGACUCCCGCUCUUCUAUCUGUAUGACAAAUAAGCUACUGGUGGAAAGUUUAUUCUAGUCCCAUGCACUGAAAGUGUUUGUGCUCUUUUCUCAAGUGUUUAAAAAAAAAAAGAAGCAUUGAGUGUUUUGUACCUCACAAUUGUUAACUAUUCAGUCUACUGUCACGGGACAUUAAUAACAACAAAUGGGGGAAAUAAUGAUUUACAUGUUGGCAGUGUUUUUGUCUGAAAAAUAAAACUAAGUGAAGGUG